CGAAGACGAAGAAGACCCACGACAACAGAACAGACUCCCUUAUCGUCUGUAACCGUACUGAGAAAUGGCGGCGUCCGUGUGCCGAGUAGGGAGCACCGUGGGUCGAGCCCUCGCCAAAUCCCGAAAUCCCAUCCUGCUGUCUCUGAGGCGCGGACAGUCUUCAGUCAGCUAUGCCCAGAGCCUGCUGGGAGCCCCUGAAACUCAACUCACUACCCUGGACAACGGUUUUAGGGUCGCCUCCGAGGACACCGGACAUGCAACCUGCACCGUUGGACUGUGGAUCAGUGCUGGUAGUCGCUAUGAGACUGAGAGGAACAACGGAGCAGGCUUCUUCCUGGAGCACAUGGCUUUCAAGGGAACCAAGAAUCACUCUCAGACGUCCCUGGAGCAGCAGGUGGAGUCUAUGGGAGCCCACCUGAGCGCCUACACCUCCCGCGAGCACACAGCGUACUACAUGAAGACCCUCGCCAAAGACCUGCCUAAAGCCGUGGAGCUGCUGUCCGAAGUGGUGCAGAGCUGCUCUCUGAACGAGGCAGACAUCGAGCAGCAGAGAGGCGUGGUGCUGCGCGAGCUGGAGGAGGUGGAGGGGAACCUGCAGGAGGUUUGUCUGGACCUACUGCACGCCACCGCCUUCCAGGGCACUCCUCUGGGACACAGCGUGCUGGGACCAUCCAGCAAUGCCAGGACUCUGACCCGUCAGGACUUGGUGGACUACAUCGGCAGCCACUACAAAGCCCCCCGCAUGGUGCUGUCCGCUGCUGGAGGUGUGAACCACGAAGAGCUGGUCGGUUUGGCCAAAUCUCACUUCAGCGGUGUCUCGUUCGAAUACGAGGGCGAUGCCAUCCCCGUGCUGGCCCCCUGCAGAUUCUCAGGCAGUGAGAUCCGUAUGCGUGACGAUGCUCUGCCUCUGUGUCACGUUGCCAUCGCUGUUGAAGGCGCCAAUGCUUCCAGCCCGGACAUCGUGACUCUCAUGGUGGCCAACUCCAUCAUCGGCAGCUUUGACCUCACCUACGGCGGUGGAAAGCACCUGAGCAGCCGUCUGGCCCGCCUGGCCGUGGAGGAGGACCUGUGCCACAGCUUCCAGGCCUUCCACUCGUCCUACAGCAACACCGGCCUGCUGGGCAUCUACUUUGUGACCGACAAGCUCAAGAUUGAAGAUAUGAUGCACUGGUCCCAGAACGCCUGGAUGAACCUGUGCACCACAGUGACGGAGAGUGAUGUGGUCAGAGGCAAGAUCGCCCUGAAGGCCAGCCUGGUGGGACAGCUCAAUGGAACAACACCAAUUUGUGACGACAUCGGCAGACACGUCCUGAACUACGGACGCCGUGUUCCUCUGGCAGAGUGGGACGCUCGCAUCGACGCCGUGACCCCCAGGAUGGUGCGUGACGUCUGCAGCAAAUACAUCUACGAUAAGUGUCCCGCUGUGGCAGCUGUCGGUCCCUGCGAGCAGCUUCCCGACUACAACAGAGUGCGCAGUGCCAUGUACUGGCUGAGGUUUUAAAAAGCAUUGUUGUGUUGCUCCGAGUGUCCCACGUUUGCUUCUCAUCUUCAUCUUCAACCCGCUUCCCUCCGCCAUCACUGCGAGAGAGACUUCACUUGAGGGUUGUCCACUCGCUGGCUCAACAGCACAUAAUCCUCUCUCUUAUCCCGCCCACUGAUCACUCUUAGUUAGGAGGGCAGCCAGUCUCCUCAUGCGAGUAUUGAAAUCAAACAUCAGUUACCUCUUGAUUGCCCAGUUCCUCAUUACCUGCUACUGACUUGCAGAGUGGAGAGAGAGAGAGGGCAGACUUGAAUAGGAAAUAAUCCACUGGACACGGCCUAAACACAGCAAGUCUGGAGCAAGAGUAUAUUUAUAAUUUCUGUAACAUUUGUUUCUGUCCUCUAUUGUACAUAACAGAAGCUGUCAUUCUGACAAAAUAAAAAUACUGUAAAACUUA